CAAUGAAUAUUUUUACGUGAUGCUUUUAAUAGUAAUAGUGAUACGGAAAGUGAUUGCUGCUACUUAAGUUAAAGAGUAUUAUAAUUUAUAGUACGUCGUUAGGCCUAAAGCUUUCAUGGGAAGUGAAAACUGAAAUGAUAAUAGGCUCUUGCUUAAACCCACUACAAGAAUUUAAUUAAACCUCAUCGUCACUUAUCAAAUUUCAUUCAUUCUUCAUUAUGAGUAAAAAUCCAGGGUCAGGAAAGAACAUAUUGAACUUAAAAUUACCUCCUGGCUCAAUUGAACCAGUAGAAUUGUCUGGAGGACCUGACAUAAAUGAUAAAUCCACAGUGAACAUCAGCAUAGAAGCCAUGCAGAAGACGAUAGAGAGUUUAGAUUUAAAUGACUUACAACGAAAACGUUUGGUUGACUUCUUGACUCAGAAGCAGAAGGUUAAAGAAUUAAAUAAUGAUGACUUCCAGAAUUUAGGUGAACUUGGAGCCGGUAAUGGUGGAGUAGUAACUAAAGUCCUUCAUAAACCAAGUGGAGUAAUCAUGGCCAGAAAGCUAAUUCACCUGGAAGUUAAGCCUGCCAUUCGGACACAGAUACUUCGAGAAUUGAAGGUGCUUCAUGAGUGUAAUUCUCCACACAUUGUUGGAUUCUAUGAGGCUUUUUAUAGUGAUGGAGAAAUAAACAUUUGUAUGGAGUAUAUG